AUGCCCCGGUCGGAAGAAGCAGAAUGGUGGGCGAACGCCGUUUACUCGGCUAUCCAGGAAAUUCCCCAUGGCAAAGUCACCUCCUACGGCCAUAUCGCCCUUCUUCUGGGUGAACCCCAAAGGCCACGCCAAGUUGGCGUUUGUCUUAAGUCUUUGCCUGCUGCGGAUUCUGGCAUGCAUUUCAAUUCCAGCACUGUCCCUUGGCAGCGAGUCAUCAAUGCCAAAGGAAUGAUUUCACAUCGCGGCCCCGGAAGCGCAGAGCGGCAAGCAGAGGCCCUGCGUCAGGAAGGCGUCGAAGUGACCUCUGACAGCAUGAACGAGAUGUACAUUGAUUUCUCGAAAUAUGGUUGGUUUCCAAAGCAGCUACCGAGUGAGGAGAAUGAUGACGAUGAAGAGUGA